AUGACUAAAAAUCCAUUUAUGGUUGAUCCAUCGAGUGGAUCUCCAGAGAGGCACAGUAGACCUGCUCUAGCAAGGUUUCACACAAAUACAAGCUCAACUUCUGAAUAUACCCAACAAAGUCAAGAUGAUUACCCUGAGGAAUUAGAUCACUCGAGGAAUUUCCAAGGUCUUCCACCAUCUCCCUCUAGGGCCGCCCUAAGAUACUCUCCAGACCGUCGUCACAGAACACAAUUUUAUCGUGAUAGUGUCCAUAAUUCUCCUGUUAAUAUAAAUAGGUAUACUGCUAAUUUGCAGGAGUCCCCAAAAAGAAACAAUGACGUUGUCCUUGAAUUCAAUGGAGCUGAUAAUAGUCGUGGAGAUUUGAUUGACAGCUACUACGCUAGCCAACCACCUAUCCUAUUAAGUCCGCAACAAGAACCGGCAACCAAUAAUUUAUUUAAUGCUCCAAGAAGACUUUCACAAACCUCGAAACUUACAUUUUCAACUACUUCGACUGCGACAAGAUCUUCCACAUACGAUGACGAUGAAAAAUUCCGCAAAUCAUUUGAUGAAGAAUCAUCCGUCUUAUCAAGUGAAACUUUCACUGAAACAAGAUUUGAAGUAAACCAUCCAGUUCGUCGUGACUAUGUUAGACGUGCUAAUUCUGAGAGCAAGAGAAGACCAAUUCCUCAUGUUCCAAAAGAAAAAACCAUUCUUAAGUUGGAUAAUCCAAUCCCAAGAGGUUUAUUAGACACACUUCCAAGAAGAGGUUCUCCUGAAUUCACUGAAAUGAGGUACACAGCAUGCACUGUAGACCCAGAUGAAUUCUUGGAAGCUGGUUAUUCCUUGAGAUUUGCAGAGAUGAAUCGUGAGUGUCAAAUUGUAAUUUGUAUCACGAUGUAUAAUGAAGACAAAAUAUCAUUGGCAAGAACCUUACAUUCAAUAAUGAAAAAUGUUGCACACUUAUGUAACCGUCAAAAAUCCCAUGUUUGGGGUAAAGAUGGUUGGAAAAAGGUUUCUGUAAUCUUAGUGAGUGACGGGAGAGCUAAAGUUAACCAAGGUGCUUUGGAUUAUUUGGCUGCCUUGGGUGUUUAUCAAGAGGAUAUGGCCAAGGCAUCUGUUAAUGGUGAUCCGGUAAAGGCUCAUGUUUUUGAAUUGACCACUCAGGUUUCCAUUAACUCCGAUCUAGAUUAUGUUUCCAAGGAUAUUGUUCCCGUUCAAUUGGUAUUUUGUUUGAAAGAGGAAAACAAAAAGAAAAUUAAUUCCCAUCGUUGGUUAUUUAAUGCAUUUUGUCCUGUCUUGCAACCUACUGUCGUUUGUCUGGUCGAUGUCGGUACCCGUUUAAAUCAUACUGCCAUUUAUCACUUAUGGAAAGUUUUCGAUAGAGAUUCCAACGUAGCUGGUGCUGCAGGACAAAUUGUCACAAUGAAGGGUAAAUUGGGUCGUAAAUUAUUGAACCCAUUGGUUGCAUCACAAAACUUUGAAUAUAAGAUUUCAAAUAUUUUAGACAAACCUCUAGAAAGUGUUUUCGGUUAUAUUUCAGUGUUACCGGGCGCUCUGUCAGCAUAUAGAUAUCGUGCCUUACAAAAUCAUGCCGAUGGUACUGGUCCAUUAAACUCAUAUUUCUUGGGUGAGACUCAAGAUGGGAGUGACCAAGAUGUUUUCACUGCUAACAUGUAUCUUGCCGAGGACAGAAUUUUAUGUUGGGAGCUUGUAGCAAAGAGGGAUGCCAAGUGGGUUUUGAAGUAUGUCAAAGAAGCUACAGGUGAAACAGAUGUUCCUGAGGAUGUGCCGGAAUUUAUUUCUCAAAGAAGACGUUGGUUAAAUGGUGCAAUGUUUGCUGCACUUUACGCUCAACUUCAUUUCUUCCAAGUUUGGAAAACUACCCAUUCAGUUACUCGUAAAUUUUUUCUUCAUAUUGAAUUUUUCUACCAAUUUGUUCAAAUGCUGUUUUCUUGGUUUUCAAUUGCAAAUUUUGUCCUAACGUUUUAUUAUUUGGCUGGUUCAAUGAAUAAAGUUAUCAAACAUGGUGAAGCUUUAUUCAUCUUUUUCAAAUAUUUGAUAUUCUGUGAUUUAGCCAGUUUAUUCAUUAUAUCCAUGGGUAAUAGACCACAAGGGGCAAAGCAUUUAUUUAUUACCUCAAUGGUGAUCUUGACUGUCUGCGCAACAUAUUCUUUAAUUUGUGGUUUUAUUUUUGCGUUUAAGGCUCUUUGUGAACCAGGUACAUCAAAUAAAGUAUUUAUAAAUGUUGUCGUUUCAUUACUUUCCACCUAUGGAUUAUAUUUUUUCUCAUCUUUGAUGUACUUGGACCCAUGGCACAUGUUUACCUCAUCCAUUCAAUAUUUCUUCACCCUACCUGCCUUUACCUGCACUUUACAAAUUUUCGCCUUCUGUAAUACACAUGAUGUCUCUUGGGGUACAAAGGGUUCUGAUAUCGCCACCAAACAAUUAUCAAAGGCUAUCGUGGUGCAAGGACCUGAUGGGAAACAGAUUGUGGAGACAAAUUGGCCACAAGAAGUUGAUAAAAAGUUUAUGGAAAUAAAGAGUCGUUUGAAAGAGAUCGAAUUUGAGGAACCAGUCAAGAAUCCAGCACAGGAACGUAACGAUUAUUAUAGAGAUGUAAGAACAAGAAUUGUCAUGAUAUGGAUGCUUUCCAAUCUAAUUCUAAUCAUGGCCAUCAUUCAGGCCUUCUCCCCAGAGAGAGUCAAUAAUGGUUAUUUAAUUUUCAUCUUAUGGUCUGUGGCAGCUUUGGCAUUAUUUAGAGUACUUGGUUCCAUGGGGUUCUUGUUUGUCAAGUAUUUAACCAUGAUUGUCAGUUACAAGAAUAAGGCUGAAAACACAGGAUCAUGGGGUGUGUCAAAGAUGGAUAUGCCAAAAGUCGGAAGUAUUUUCAACAAAACAUGA